AUGAAUAUCAACGUCCCCAAUCUCAUCAAAAGCGCCGUGCCGGAAUCAGAAGGCCGCAAUGUUCAGAUACUUUCUCAGAAUGGACCCAAUCAUCGGGAUCCGAAUUUUCUUUCCGACGAUUUCCCACGGUCGCCCGGCAAAUUGUACAUCACGGCUGAGACCGAUGACUUCGACCCUGCUACAAUCGAGGAUUGGCGCAACGAGGGCUUCGAUGUUGAAUAUUUCUCGAUCGAGAGUUGCAAGAAGUACGGAUACAUAGACAAGAUCAAGUCCUUGAGCAAGGAGAAAAUGGGCCCUUGCGACAAAUUCGGUAUCAUAGCCUAUGGCGACGCCGCAGCGGCAUGUCUGGAGCACUAUCAUAUCCUGGACAACAACCCCGAAUUCAAGCUCGGUCUGCUAAUUGCCUACUACCCUACUUCUAUUCCCGAUCCCAAAGGCAGAUUUCCAAACAGUAUCGUUGCACUUGCACAUCUACCAGCAGGGGAGGAGAUCGGGGUCGUCAAACAAAGUCAAAUGGUAGGCAUCCAGGGCAAGCGUCGUACGACAACGAAGAAGGUCCAGAAAGGCCUUGGGACGGGCGGAAAGCUUCAGCUUGCAUUCCCGAGCUAUACGUACGAUGCGGAGUCUGGUUUUGCCGAGCACGAUAUGGAGGAGUAUAACAGAAUAUGUGCUGAGCUAGCCUGGAGUCGGAGCUUGUCUGCAGCAAGACGGGCGUUUGGUGCUGGCCCUGACCUGGAGGGCAUCUUAGAGCAGCAUGUACAGAGCAAGUAUUUCGCAGGCAACGCGGAACAAACCGUGUCGGCCUUCACAGUCCAGAAAAUGCCCCAUGCGACCAAUAUACCUACCCUCACAGGCGGGAUAGGAACCGAUGAGCUCAACAGAUUCUACUCUGACUUUUUCGUCAAGCCGUCGUCUUUGAAGAUCACCCUGCUGUCCCGCACAAUCGGCGUCGACCGCGUGGUUGAUGAGAUGCAUGUCCAAUUCAAACAUACUGAGGAGAUCCCCUGGAUUCUUCCUGGUGUGCCGGCAACAGACAAAAAGGUCGAGAUCCUCAUGGUGAGCAUAGUAGGCUUCAAAUCCGGCAAGCUUCAUCAUGAGCACGUUUACUGGGACCAAGCCAGCGUGUUGGUGCAAGUUGGGUUGCUCGAUCCAAAACUCCUAUCGGAGUCAGCCAAGGAGCUUAAAGUGAAGAAAUUACCCGUCGUCGGGCGCAGAGCAGCGAGGAGGGUAAUCAAAGGACAGGAUGAUACCGAUGAGGGAGAGGCGGAUAAUAAAUUGAUUUCAGGGUGGGCUGCUCAGAAUGGAAACAAAGAGUAG